AUGUACAGCAUGCAUGCCAUUGUUGCAUCGGCACAAUGUGCUCGAGGACCUGCCACACCGACAAUGUGCAUCGCACCACGCCAAGGCCCACAGACCAAUGCGCACAGCCUCUCGCAGUGGACUCCCCGUCCUCCCAAGCAUUCCUUCCCACACUUGAGACAUGAGUCUCUAUACAUCGCUUCCUGUACCGUAGAGAAGCGGGCCACAAGAACCCCAGCAUGGACACUCCCUGCGCCAUGUUCUGAUGCCAUCUUGGCUGGCAGCACCCUGUACACCGUCAUGAUCGUGGCACUGAUGCUCAAAGCAGUGCUCAGGAGGGAGCACACCAGCUUUUCUCUAUCUUUAAAGGCUUACGUCCCCUUGGCUCUGCUCUAUGGGUACACGCUGGCUCUCUCUUGGAGACCAGACUUGCUGGGGACCCUCCUUCCAGGCAGUCUUGCAGCUGGGUUUCAAGGUGGAUGGAACCCCCAGUUCUUCCCUCGACUGGAAGGCAUCAUGGCCAUCUUCUCUCGUCCGGACACAGCACUCUCUGUGUGGCUUCAUGUCCUCGCCACCAGUCUCUUCUCAGCCCAGAAUCUUUGUAGACAAGUCUUGGUUCAACCACCAGCCCCAGGAGUUAAUCCUCCAAGCUGA